UCAGCCUUUCCCUUCUCCCCUUUCCUCAUCUUCAAUUAUAUUCCUCCUGUCAAUCCCUUGUCUUGCGAUGCCUUUUCUCUCGAUCUUUUCUCUCCUGGCUCCUUUCUGACUCUUGAUUUGCCUCUCGCGCUAUCAUCAUGACGCGGGACACUUAUCUUAAGCGCUCUCUCGGGACACUCUCCAAACGCAUUAAAGAGUCUCGAGUCCUUCUGGUCGGCGCUGGUGGCAUCGGUUGCGAGCUGCUCAAGAACCUCCUCCUCACUGGCUUUGGCGAGAUUCACCUAAUCGACCUUGAUACUAUCGAUCUCAGCAAUUUGAAUCGCCAGUUUCUCUUUAGAUUUGAGCACAUCAAGAAGUCAAAAGCUCUAGUCGCGAAAGAGGUUUCCCAAAAGUUUCAACCUGGCGCAAAAAUAGAGGCGUAUCAUGCAAACAUCAAGGACAGUCAGUUUAACGUCGAUUGGUUUGCGACUUUUGACGUCGUGUUCAACGCGCUGGACAACCUUGACGCUCGUCGCCAUGUGAACAGAAUGUGCUUGGCUGCGGAUGUACCAUUGAUUGAAAGUGGAACAACCGGCUUCAACGGCCAGGUUCAGGUUAUCAAAAAGAGUAAAACCGAGUGCUACGACUGUAACUCUAAAGAAGUUCCUAAGAGUUUCCCUGUGUGUACUAUCAGAAGUACUCCGAGCCAGCCGAUCCACUGCAUCGUCUGGGCGAAAAGUUAUCUCUUUCCUGAGCUAUUUGGCAUCAGCGAAGAUGACCCAGAAGAAUUCGACUACUCUGAGGAUACUGAAAAUGCUGAAGAGAUCGCCAACUUGCGUAAAGAGGCUCAAGCACUGAAAGAGAUUCGGCAAUCGAUGGGAUCUUCCGAGUUUACUCAAAAGGUUUUUGACAAAGUUUUUAAGGAGGAUAUUGUCAGACUGUGUGGGAUGGAAGACAUGUGGAAGACUCGCAAGCCCCCAGAGCCUCUAGAGUUCGAGAAACUACAGAAAGAAACCUCAGAUAUUGACAUCGCGAUAUCGUCAAAUGAUCAAAAGGUUUGGUCUCUUGCUGAAAAUUUGGUCGUCUUUAAGGAUAGUUUGGAUCGAUUAAGUAAACGACUGAAGACUCUGCAAGAAUCGGAAAAAGGGGAUAUUCGCCCAAUUUUGGUGUUUGAUAAAGAUGAUGUUGAUACCCUGGACUUUGUCACUGCAAGCGCCAAUUUACGCGCAACUAUUUUUGGCAUAGAUCCCAAGUCCAAGUUUGAUACCAAGCAAAUGGCUGGUAAUAUUAUUCCGGCAAUCGCAACGACAAAUGCUAUGACAGCCGGUCUUUGUGUUUUACAGGCACUUAAAGUGCUAAGGAACGACUACGAGCGUGCGAAGAUGGUUUUCCUUGAGCGUUCAGGUGUUCGGGCCAUCAACUCCGACUCUCUCAAGCCCCCAAAUCCAACCUGCCCUGUCUGUUCUGUUGCUCGCGGAGAGGUCAACGUCAACCUUGAGCGUGCUACAGUCAAUGACCUGGUUGAGAAAGUCCUUCGCGGGCAGCUCGGAUAUGGCGAGGAGUUUUCUCUUAGCACGGAGCAAGGCACCAUCUACGAUCCGGACCUUGAGGAUAAUCUUCCCAAGAAACUUUCGGAUCUUGGGAUCAAAAAUGAAAGCUUCCUCACCAUUGUGGACGAGGAAGAUGACGAGCCACGUGUUAACCUGGAGCUCAUCGUGAUUGUACCUGAAAAACGAGAAACCGCUCUCGAAGAGCAACCCAUCGUCCUUGAGACGGUUCCUGACAUCCCCAGGAAACCAAAAGCCCCAACGCCUCCGCCAGUCGUUGAGCAUGCCAACGGAACCUCCGGACUAGGGAAACGGAAACGCGACGUGGACGAAGAAGAAGAAGAGCUGAGCAAUGGUGACCCUCCUACUAAACGUGUGGCCAACGUAUCCAUUUCAGAUGGGCAUCAAGCAAAUCCUAUCCUUUUGGAUGAAACAGAGGAUGGAGCGAUUUUGAUUGAUGACUGAGGGUGUUCGUUACAUACCUUUUUAUUUAUAUCCUGGACUACUACUCUUGGAAGGGGAAGUCUUUAGGAUUGGCUAUCUUGUGCCAUUUUCUCAUGUAACAUACAUUCACGGCUAGAAUUUGAGUAUCUAUGAAAAUCAACGCUGAAAAUGACCACUAUCGAGAUUGUUUGGGCCUUUGUUCACUGAUUGCGGGUGUCUCCAAUGAGAUCCCUGGACGUAUUCAAAGCUGGUAAAAAAAAAAAAGAAAAGAAAAACCCUUGGUUUGGUAGUAUAAUAUAUUACGGAGUAUAU